AUGCGCGCCUGCCGUUCGCUGUCGCCUUUUCACGCGGCUCUAUUUAUAUCGACGGCUCACCCUCCGCGUCGCUUUGCACUCACGCAAGCGCAUUGUGCACCUGAAACGCAGAAAGUGAAAAUCGCACAUCACGGUCACGUUAGGGGCAGGGCGCAGUAUUGCAUUAGUGUAGUGGUUGCGCUAAUUAGUGGCUCGCGGGUCGAAACGGUCGCGCCAUCAGCGGCUCACGAGAAUGGCCGAUGCCUCAUCGGCAGCGGUCUCCAUCACUGCGCUAAACCUUGA